AAGCUUCAGCCUCAUCACUUUCGCAUUUUGAAAUUCGAAAAAGGCAAUUAAUACAAUGGGGUGGUUUUCAUCAUCUGCGGAGAAACCGGCCUCUGCAACGUCAGGAACACCAGGUUCAUCUCUUCCAUCUUCCAUACCCACAUCUACACCUCAAACGAAAGCUCUCUCCCGCGAUGAAAUCGCGGAACAAGAGCUGAAUUCUUUUAUCCGCGAACUCGAAGCCGACACCCACCCUUCCAGCACAAAAUAUAACCGUGUGCCUCGAGACCCUUCUCCAGAACCUUCACAUUCCCAAUCCUCCACUCAAACUCCUCCUCAAAAUGACCCUUCGGAACCCCUCUCUACCCAACUUCUCCCCACAACCAUGUCCUGCCGCACAGCCUUUGACGCUGCAUUCUAUUGCCAGUCCCUCGGUGGACAAUUUAAUAAUUUAUAUCGAUAUGGUACUGCGCGAGAUUGUAGCGAGACAUGGUCGGACUUUUGGUUUUGUAUGAAAACGAGAACAUAUGCCGAUAAUGAGAAGGCCAAACUGAUUAAGGCACGAUAUAUUGAGAAGGAGAGGAGAAAGUAUGGGGAUCCGGAGGAUAAGAAUAAGGAAUUGGGAAAGAGUAGUGAGGAUGUGUGGAAGGGAAGGGAACAGAGGUUAGAAUGGGGCGAAGCAUUUUGUGUGGAAGAGCCGAAAUGGGCAGGGAGUGACGACGAGUGGAGGAGGAUGGAAAGAGAACAUAGGGAGGCGCGAAAAACUAAUCUGUGAAAUGAGCAUGAUAUAUAGCAUGCUUACCGCAUGAAUCAGUCAUGUGGAUUGUCUUGAUGUAUAACAGGAGGGUUUGAUGCGAAAAAGAGAAACUAUGGUUUCAUGGCAAAGGCGUUGAAUGUUUAGAUAGUGGGUCAUCAAACUAUCAUAUUGUCCUAAUAGUACCUGGACAAUAGUCCGUAUAACCAGAAAUAGAAUAUUUCCCCUCGAAGUUCCUGGUAUA